AUGUCUGAGCCAAGCACCUCGCAGCAAGAGCUGGCACCAGGCCAGAAGGAUUACGUAGUACGGUGCUUAGACUUCAUGUUCAAAGCUAAGGAAGAUGGCCUCUUCAGAGGGCAGCGAACCCGGGACCUGGUUGCUGAGUGUCUACAGAUAGCACACGGCACUGUUACGACUGUGACGAGCACCUACAGAGCCGACAAUGAGACCAAGUUUGAGGUGCACAUCAGCCAUUUAGCGGUGUCCAAGGAGUACAAUAAAACUUGA